UUUGAGGUGUUUUAAGAGUUUCUUUUUUUAGUAACUAAGUUUAAAGUGUGUUGUAGGUUUACAAAGAAAUGGAUUCAACAGGGCUAUCUGAAAUUAGCAUAAUUCGAGAACAGUAUGAGAAAGCCCUGCAGUGUGCGAACAAAGGGCUUCAGUAUGAUGAAGCGGGGAAUAAAGCUCAAGCUCUCGUCCUCUACAGACUGGGCAGGCGGCAUCUUCUCAGGGGACUAAAGGUAAACACCCAAGGCGAGCGUUGCGUCGGCCGCAGCUGGGACAUGGCUCAACAGAUGCAGCUGAAAAUGAACAAGACUCUGAGCAACAUCACCACCCGUCUAGCGGUUCUGGAGUCCACACCGACCCCGGGUCAGCGGCUGUACCCGACCCUGCCUGUCCUACAGGACUUCCAGGCACCAACCAACCAGAUUUCAACAUCUUCAGGAGGGGCCCCUGCUCUUCCAGCUUCUCCUGCGAUGGGUUUCACUGUACCAAGUGAGCUACCUCCAGCCUACACCCCUGAACCAACAAAUGGGCAUCAGUCACUAUCUCAUGGAGGGAAUGGGUCAUUUCAAUACACUACAAAUCAGAUACCACAGCGCCAGGCUUUUGCCCCAGUCAAUCUCAGAGAGGUUGGCAUGGAGAUUAUGUUCUUGCCUAGUGGGGUGCAGAUAUUCUUUGUGUCUGCUGAGGGCCACAUCAGUGCCCCCACUUAUCCAGGUUACCUGCGAAUUAUCAUAUACUGCAACUCUGAGAACAGUGGCACCUAUGCCCCUGCCUACCUACAGGUUUGUGAUUGGAUCUACCCACUAUACCCAGACUCCCCUGUCUGGCUCAGCAACAGAGGUGUGUUUACAUUUCCUGAUACAACAGCAGCAGUUCCAGGGUCCUACGUUGGAUUGGUGUUGCCUUCAGAGCUGCCUGCAGCAGACAGAACUCUUUUCCAGGAACAGCUAUCGGUGCUGGCACAGCUCAGAAUUCAGGAAGAUGAGGGACCUGGUGGGGCUUCAGGAACAGACAUAAACCUGAGUGAGAAGGUUCCUACUGGUCCUCCUGCAGACUCAUCUCAAACACCAGGAGGGGAAGAAAAGUCUGUUCCUGUGUGGAGUGAAAAAAUGUCACAGAGCAUUCUUGCAGGGACAUCUUGGCUGGGGCGGGGGCUUGUGUGGGGAGGUGAAGCUAUGGGUAAAGCCAUCCAGAGUGGAGCAAUCAAGCUGCGAGAAAACAUCACUCCAGAGGAGACCCCAGCAGAGGUCAGCCCAAACGUUACCAAGGGGCUAAAUGUAGCCAAGCAAGCUACUGGGGGUGCUGUGAAAGCCAGCCAAUUUCUAGUGGAUGGUGUCGCUGCUGUGGCUGAAAAAGUUGGGAAGGAACUUGCUCCACACGUGAAAAAACAAGGCAGUAAACUUAUCCCAGAGUCCCUCAAGAAAAAUAAAGAUGGAUGCUCCAGCAUGGAUGGAGCCAAAUGUGUGGCUGGGAGCAGCAUACAAGGUUUAUCAACACUCUGGUCAAGUUUGGAGACAGCAGCAAAGACUAUUGGUAAAAGUGUAACUUCAGAGACUGUGUCUACUGUGAAGUACAAGUAUGGAGACGAGGCAGGGCAAGCUGCAGACACUGCAGCUCAGUCAGCUGUCAAUGUAGGUGUCACAGCAUUUAAUGUGGACAACCUGGGCAUCAAGGGGAUACUGAAGACCACAGGCAAACACACAGCUAAAGCAGUGGUGAAUGAGAAGUCAGGAAAAGAACAAACUGAAGAGAAAGCAAAGCCACGUAAGAAAGGAGAGGAUGAGAAAAGUUAGUCAUGUGAGCAAAUGUUCAUAUGCAUAAUGUGAAUACAGGAAAUUAAAAUAUAGAAAAGAAGUGUAAUUGUCUAAAAAAAGCACACUAUUUUGUCAUGCUCUUGAAAUAAAUAUUUAGUUAAAAAUUGGUUGAAAGGAUGAAAAGAUGAUAAUUUUGUGUUAAUGAGAUAUGUGUGAUCUAAUUUGAAAUAAUUAUACUGUGCAAUUUUAACAGACAAAAAGGCAUGUGGGCACUUAUAUGUAAGAUAUGUUUAUUUUCUUAAAGAUACUGCUUUUUUAAUCCAUGUUACCAUGUUAAGGUUAUAUUUAUGAAGAAACUGUUGACAACUGCAGAUUAUUUGCUUUUUUGCUUUUUAUUUACCUCAAUUUAUUUACCCUCAAAAUCAAAUUCAAAAUAAAUCUCUCUACUAUUAUUCUGAAAUGUCACAUUCUUAAAAUAAAGUAGUGAUCCUAAAUGAACUAAGGCAGGAAAUAUUUUCUAUGAUUAAAUGUCAGGAAUUGUGAAAGAGUUUAAAUGUAUUUGGCUAAGGUGUAUGCAAACUUAUGACUUCUGACUUCAACUGUACACAAUUCAAUGUAAUUUAAAGAAUCCCAUGGUAUGACCAUGG